AUGAAAGCAGUUAUCUACACUGGCGACAACAAGAUCGCAGUCGAAGACCGCCCGAAACCAAUCAUUCUAGAACCCACCGACGCGAUCGUCAAGGUUGUUCAUACCACUAUAUGCGGAACUGACCUACACAUCCUCCAAGGGCACGUCCCGACAUGCACUCCAGGCCGCAUUCUUGGCCACGAAGGAGUCGGGGUAAUUGACUCUCUCGGCGCCGCCGUCACGAACUUCAAGGCCGGGCAGACCGUGCUCAUCUCCUGUAUCACCUCCUGCGGGACCUGUCAUUACUGCCGCAGGAAGAUGCCAUCUCAAUGUGAAUCCGGCGGGUGGAUUCUCGGGAAUAAGAUUGACGGCACGCAGGCCGAGUACGUGCGCAUCCCUCAUGCGUCGUUCUCGCUGCAUGCGCUGCCCGAGAGCAUCGACCCAAAGGUCGCGGUUACGCUGUCGGAUACGGUCCCGACCUCUUAUGAAUGUGGGAUCCUGAACGGGGAUAUCCAGCCUGGGGCUACUGUCGCAAUUAUCGGAACUGGCCCGAUCGGAUUGAUGAUCCUGCAGAUGGCGAAGAAUCUGUUCGGUCCGGCGAUGACGGUCGUCGUGGGUAGGGGCCAGCCCCGGCUCGAGACAGCCAAGGCCAUGGGUGCGGAUCAUACGCUGAGUGUUCUCGGCGGGCAGGAAGAGGUAGUCUCCUCGGCUCUAGCGGUGACCAAGGAGCGAGGGUUCGAUGUGGUGAUUGAAGCAGUGGGGACGGUUGAAUCGUUUGCGAUUGCGCAGGCACUGGUAGGCGCUGGAGGGACGAUCGCCAGUCUCGGCGUCUUUGGGGAGUCGUGCGAGCUUCACCUGGAGAAGUUGUGGCAUCGUAAUAUCUGCUUGAGGACUCGGCUGGUUGACGCUGUCAGUACCCCUGAUGUACUGAAUAUGGUGGAGUCCGGCGGCAUCGAUCCUCAUUUUCUGGUCUCGCACAAAUUCACAUUCGAUGAGAUUCACGACGCCUACGAAGCGUUCGAGGCAUCCUCCAAACAUGGCGCCCUGAAGGUCGUAGUCACUAUGCCUGAGCCUACUACGAAUGGUUUUGCAUAG